GCCCGGCGCGAGCCUGAGUGUGUCAAUUUGAGCGUCGCGCGCCUUCGUGCCAAAAAAACAGAAGCUCCUUUCGAUCAGCACCAUGGAGAGCUCGAGCAUCGCCGCGCGCGCUUUGCUGCUACUGCUGCUGUUAGUGCUGCGGAGUUGUGCGCGAGCGGAGAACGAGGACACCGAAGUGGACCUGGACACAAGAGCCAUCCGAGACUUCUAUCCAAAAGACCCCAAUCUGACCAGCGAAAAACAGCUGCUUGGGGCUCUCCAUGAAGUUCUGGAAAAGCUUCAGAUGAAAAGAAUUCCGCCUUGGGAAAAGAAAUUUGGACAGGUUCCUAUGUGCGACGUUGGCGAGCAGUGCGCAAUACGCAAAGGCUCAAGAAUCGGUAAAAUGUGCGACUGCCCACGGGGAGCCUUCUGCAACUUUUUCCUUCUGAAAUGUCUGUGAACAGCGUUUUGGAGCGGCUCGAUCGAUGUAUCGCAAAAGUAUCAAAUUCAUUUGUAUAGAUAUUUUUUUAAGUGCAAGAACACGCUGAUGAGAUGUGUGUAUAAAGUCCUGUUCAUCUGUUCAUGCACUGCACGCUUAUAAUUGUCAUGAAUAUGUAACAUGUAUAUGUUUGUGUAUUAAAGUGCACCGUACCUUCUUUUGUAAAGUAGUUUGUGUAUCUGUUACUUUUAUGUCUUAAUAAGAAGGUAUAAAAUUUAAUUAUAAAUAUGUUGACUUAUAAGCUACGCAUCCAAGAAUGGUUGUAAGGUCCACUACUGUACUGGUCCAUAGUAAGGUUUCCUAUACUAUGGACCGGUAAGGGGCGGAAAGAAAUGAACGAUAGAAAACCCAGAAAAACUUAGAUGAAAUUCUUAGAUUUCUUGAAAUUCUUGAAAACUUGAUUUUACACGUAAUUUUUACGGGGAAGACAUGUUGAAAAUUGCCCAGUGUUGAAUGAACCCUUCCAGUGCAGCAGUAUGGACUCAAAUCUAAACAUUAUGAGUUCUAAUAUAACGCUGUGUUAUGCGUGUUUUGCAUAUUUGAUAAAACCAGUAUUUUGUGUUUCUGUUUCCUGGACACAUAAUUUGUCAGGGGAAAUUUUAUUCUAUCCCAUAAACGUGCCAGUAUUCAGAUUGUGUAAAUAUGUCCAGGGCAAAAUAACUGGGUUACAUUCUUUUCUGAAUCAAUGUGUUCUGAAAAUAUUGAUUUUCCAGAGAAGAAGAAAAAAAUGUAAUUUGCUGUGACCUAUUUUCUUAAGAUAUUAUUAUACAAAUAUAACAUAUUUGAAUAGCAACAAGCAAGCAUAUGUAACGAGGAUACACGGUAUCAACUACAGAGUAUGAAUAUGUGACCCUUAUAUCUCAUGUAAAAUGUUGAUUGAGCAUAUGGAUGAUGAUCACACUUUAUACAUGGUACUGCUUGCACAUUUACAUAAACAUAACUUGUUAUUAAUGUCUAGGGUUAAAUAAGUGUUUUUAAUAUAUUUGUCUGUCAAAUAAACCAGAAGAAAAAAAAAAAUUAAGAAGUAUACUCAAUAGCAAAAUGCUGCCUCUAGGUAGUGUAUUUGUAAAUAAGUUUAUUGCAUCAUGCUGUGCACUUUUGUCAGUGAAGUAGAAUCAUGCUGCUGUAAUCAGACACCACAAAGAGAAUUUACAAUGAUAAAGGGAAAAAAAAUGUCCCAGGGCUAUAAACUGUAGCUUUGUUUUCAUAAUGACUUC